AUGAGUGAAACACCAAAUGUUCCCGACGAGCAUCAAGCAAACACCGAAGUCAAUCAAACUAAAAAAAAGCGGAACAGGAAUCGUAAAAAUAGUGUUAAGGCAGAACAAAGUGAUAUAAAUGGAGCUGUUGAGGAAACUUCACUGCCACCUACUAUUUCUAUUCAAGAUAUUCAAAAAGCAAUGGAAGUGUUCUCACUUCAACAAAGAGCAGCUAAAACUCCAGAAGAAGCUUUGCAUAAACAAUAUAAAUUUUGGUAUACCCAACCGGUACCUAAAAUGACUGAAACAAUACUUAAUGAUGGUCCAAUUGAAGAGGACAAAACAAUAGAUCAGAUUAGAAAUGAACCGUUUACAUUGCCUGAUGAUUUUCAAUGGGAUACACUUAGUCUUGACGAUCCUUUUGUUUUAAAAGAAUUGUACACAUUGUUAAAUGAAAACUAUGUUGAAGAUGAAGAUAGCAUGUUUCGAUUUGAUUAUCAGCCUCAUUUUUUAAAAUGGGCUCUUCAACCUCCUGGAUGGUUAAAAGAAUGGCAUGUUGGAGUGCGUGUCAUUAAAAGUAAUAAAUUAGUUGGUUUCAUUAGUGCCAUCCCAGCUUUGCUUAAAGUCUAUAACAAGUCUCAAAAAAUGGUGGAGAUUAAUUUCCUUUGCGUUCAUAAAAGAUUACGUAGUAAAAGAGUAGCUCCGGUUUUGAUUCGUGAAAUAACUAGAAGAGUGAAUCAGACGGGUAUUUUUCAAGCCGUUUAUACAGCUGGAAUUGUGUUACCUAAACCCAUAGGAACCUGCAGAUAUUGGCAUCGUUCUUUGAAUCCAAAAAAGUUAAUAGAUGUUAAGUUUUCUCACUUAAGUCGCAAUAUGACUAUGCAACGGACAUUAAAGUUACAUAAACUUCCUGAUUCAAUUCGCACUCCUGGAUUUCGCAAACUCACUGAAAAAGAUUUGCCGCAAGCUCGAAAAUUACUUUCUAAUUAUAUGAAAACCUUUGAUUUGUCACCUAUGUUUUCUGAUGAAGAAUUCAAACAUUGGUUCCUGCCUCAGGAAGGAAUUAUUGAUGCUUACGUUGUUGUAAACAAUAACAAAAUUACAGAUUUAGUUAGUUUUUAUACUCUUCCUUCAACUAUCAUGCAUCACCCGACUUAUCGUACAUUAAAGGCAGCAUACUCUUUUUAUAAUGUGUCUACUAAAACACCGUGGAUUGAACUUAUGCAAGACGCUCUUAUUUCAGCUAGAGAUGCUAAUUUUGAUGUGUUCAACGCUUUGGACCUAAUGGACAAUAAGGAAUUUUUAGAACCACUUAAAUUCGGAGUUGGAGAUGGAAACUUACAAUACUAUUUAUACAAUUGGAAAUGCCCUGAAAUUCAUAGUAACAAGAUUGGAUUGAUCCUUCAAUAA